AUGGAAUUCGUUCAUGAAACAUCGGAUAUUAUUCGAAAAUAUCGAAAAUCAGAACCUGGUUUAUUAGUAACCUCAAGAGGAAUUUUGUUAUUUAUUCUUGUGGCUUUGUUAGGAGGUUAUUUUGCUAUCUCGACAGCAUGGAUGGUAUUAGAUAAGGGUAUCAUAGUGAGCCAAUUAAAGCCCGCUACAAUAAUACCUGUUCCAGACGUAGAGAUUACGUUUAAUUAUCAUUUUAACAUAGCAUGUGAACUAAGAUAUCUAGAUGGAAGUCCAUCAAGACCAUGUGACGAAGACUUGGUUACGCAACCGUCAUGUGACGAACUUUCCGAAGAUAAACGAUGGCAUGGCUGGUUUACUUCAAUUGACGGUCGGGUAAAAUUUAAUCUCACCGAAAAUUUAUACGGUGUUUGGUUUACGAUAAAUAUUGAUGAUCCAAGAUAUCAGAGAGAUCUUGAUGCGGGAAUGUUUGUCAAAGUGCAUGAUUCGGAUUUUAAUCCUCGUACUGUACCACAAAGCGUUCAUGACCAAGCAUUAAAAAUUGAUCCAAAUUUUUAUGCUAGAUUGGAUGAAUUGAAUUAUCAUGUUAAUUGGAUGUUUAUAAAUAGGCAUAUAAGAAAAAAAAUGAUCCCAUCCUUCUUUAAUGUUUUGGGUAUUCCACCAUCGUAUUUUGAAGAGGCUUAUAUAACUUCUAGAUAUGAAUCCGUCACAGCACCCGACACCGUAGAAUUCGCUGGACAGCCAACAACUGGUCCACAGAAAUAUGCCAAUCUCUUUAUCGGAACCUUGAAUUGGUUUGAAGAAGUUGAAACUGAAUCCAGGUAA